UUGUCUUUUAAGAGCUCAAUUACACAAAAGCCUUUUUGUUUAAUCCUAGUAGGCAAUGAUGCUGAGUUGUAGUGAAUGCGAAGACAGGUAAGGUUGACAUCCGGCGACUCUCACUGUCCAUCGUCUAUCUAACGAAAAUGAUAAAGGCGGUGAUGGUGAUUAGCACCACCGGCAAGCCUCGCUUUUCCAAAUUCUACGAAUCUCAGUCUCCGGAAAAGCAGCAAGAGUUCAUUCGUCAUGUCUAUGCAGUGCUGAGCAACCGGCCUGGAGAUGUAAGCAACUUUGUACAGGGAAUUGGAUCAGUCUUCGGUUCGGAUACACAGCUUGUAUACAAACACUAUGCUACCUUAUACUUUGUAUUACUAUUUGAUAAUUCUGAGAAUGAACUUGCUAUGCUUGAUCUAAUACAAGUUCUUGUGGAGACAUUGGACAGAUGCUUCAAAAAUGUUUGUGAGCUUGACAUCAUAUUUAAUUAUAGCAAGGUUAAGUAUUUUCAGUAUGUUUUUUAUUUCCUAAUUUUUAAACUUCAUGCCUUCAUCCUACUUACAUUGGUUCAGACAUUGGAUAUGAAAUAAUUUUCUUUGUUCCACCUGGAGUAAUGUUAGUCAAAUUGCUUUAUUUGAGGUGAUGCCAAAAAGAAUCCGUUGUGUUGAGAGUUCUAAUCUCUGAAUUAUCUAGUAACUAGGCUAAAAGUCUUACUACUGUAUUAAGAAAUGAUAAUCACUUGUGAUACAAAUAAUUAUGUAUGGCAAAUUGGAUAUCAUUUCUUCCAGCAGACCAUUCAAAGCUGCUUAGCCAAUCAAAUGCUGGGUUCGGAAUGUAAAGUAGCAGUACCUGAAAAUUCGACUAAGUAUUAUCAUUGCUGACUAAUGUGAUCCUUUAUGUAGUUAAAGGUUCUGCUAUUCCUUUUUGUGUGGAUAAUGCCGUACGAUCUGUUAUUAGAUUUUUGCAAAAUACAUCCAACAAUUUGUGAUGCAUAUAAUGUCAUUUCAUAGAAUUGUAAUUUCAUAGAACUUGUGCAUUUGCUGAAUUGCACAAAUGACGUUAAGAUUUUGUGUAAUACUGUAAUAAGAGUCACAAUCACAGAAGUUAUCGGUGUUACUAUCA